AUGUCGGGCAAUCCCAACGACCACGACCCUAACCGUCAGGGUGAUCCAAAUCGCCAGGAUCCUCGCGAUACCAGAGGUCCCCAGUAUCCGGAGGAGCAGUCUUCUUACCCAUAUCCGCCUUCUUCUUACCCUCCACCACCUGACCAGGACCGUGCCUACCAAUAUCCUCCCCCAGCGCAGUACGGGGCACCUCAGUAUCCCCCUCCUCCUCAGUAUCCCCCAUCACAAUAUCCCCCGGCGCAGUAUCCGGACCCAAGAUACCCCCAUCCACCAGCCAUGAACGCCAUCCACGGAGCUCAAGAUCCUUACCGUCUACCCCCGCCUCCGGGUCCUUAUCGCGCGGAUGGCUACGGCAUUCCCGCAGGCCAAGGACAUUACCAAGCAGCAGCUCCGCGACAGCGAACGGCCAUUGCCUGUCGGUACUGUCGGCGCCGAAAGAUUCGUUGCUCGGGUUUCGAGACGUCCGCAGAUGGACGAUGCAGCAACUGCGUUCGAUUCAACCAAGACUGCAUGUUUACCCCAGUCUCCUCGCAAACGCAAGCCUUUGUGCCUGCACACACCGCCUACCCUCAUCUUCGACCUGGACAGAACGGGCAACCAGGGGGCCGCGGCGCACCACCUGUCCUCUACGGUGCCCAUGGACAGCCUCUGCCGCCUCAGCAGCAGCCGCAGGGCUCAGAGGCUACCCUGCCGCCGCCUCAAGGGAUGUACUAUCAGAACGGACGACCCCCCAUGGACGGUGCCCCGCCGCCCCUUGCGUCAACCAUGCCUGAUCCGACAAACCGUCGAGGUUCGAGCUCGGGAUUCGAGUACCCUGAUCCAACCAAUCUGGCGCCCGUGACGCCCGCUGGCUCUGCUCCUGGAUACCAGACUCACACUACGUCGAGCCCUUACGCAUAUCCCCCUCCGCCUAUCCACGAUCGACGCACCUCGCCGCCAUCAGCCUAUAACUACGAUGCACGCCCCUCCUCCUCGCCUCACGGCUCACCGUUUCCUCCCAUGCAGUCCCACCAGGCGCCUUUGACUCCGCACCAGGGAAGCGUGCCCCCAGUUUCAGUUCAGCCGGGUAGCGUUCCAAUCAACCCCAGCGGGACCCCUCAGCCAGGGGGUGUGACACCGCCCCCGACCUCCACCCCCGGUGGCUCGCAACGAGGCGGAUUGAAUGUGCGCGAUAUGCUGAACCCUGGCGAUUCUCAUGGCCGGUCCAGCACCGAUAGCGACAUGCUCAAUGCGCUGAAUCGUCGCGGCCCGCAAUAG